AGAGACUAUAGAGCCGUUGGUAUAAGAACUGUGCUGAUGUUGGCUAGUGGGACCAACCGACCAAAUGCAAGCGAAGAAUUUCCAAAUAAUUGAUUUUUUUUUUUUUUGGGGUUGUCUUGGGCGGCGAAAUUGUUUUAAUUUUCUUUUUCCAAAUUAAAAAAAUAAUUCCAAAAGCACUUAUAAUCAUUUUAACGUCUCUCUCUAUUCCCCUACCUUUAUCUUCCACCCAUAAAUACCUAAACACAUUGCUCUGUUCUGUACUCUCCACUCAUCUCUCAAAACACACACUCACACAGUACUACUCUUUCUUUCUCUCUCGAUUCUUCUGAGCUCUUUUCUUCUGCAAUGGCUAAGGACGUUGAAGCGGUAGGAACCGAGCAAGGCGAAUUCUCGGCCAAAGACUACCAUGACCCUCCACCGGCUCCCUUUUUCGACCUGGACGAGCUCACCAAAUGGUCUUUUUACAGAGCUCUCAUCGCCGAGUUCGUCGCCACCCUUCUCUUCCUCUACAUCUGUGUCUUGACCGUCAUCGGCUACAGCCACCAAGUCGACACCACCGCCGGCGGCGACCAGUGCGGCGGAGUCGGUAUCCUCGGUAUCGCCUGGGCUUUUGGUGGAAUGAUCUUCAUCCUUGUUUACUGCACCGCCGGAAUCUCCGGAGGACACAUCAACCCGGCUGUGACAUUCGGGUUGUUCUUGGCCCGGAAGGUGUCUCUGCUCAGAGCUUUCUUCUACAUGGUGGCUCAGUGUUUGGGAGCAAUCUGUGGUGUGGGUUUGGUGAAGGCUUUCCAGAAAUCUUACUACGUCAGGUACCACGGCGGAGCUAACGUGGUGGCUCCCGGCUACACCAUUGGUGUCGGAUUGGCCGCUGAGAUCAUCGGAACCUUUGUUUUGGUCUACACCGUCUUCUCCGCCACUGACCCCAAGAGAAACGCCAGAGACUCUCACGUUCCCGUGUUGGCUCCACUUCCAAUUGGAUUUGCUGUGUUCAUGGUCCACCUCUGCACCAUCCCCAUUACCGGAACCGGAAUCAACCCGGCUAGGAGCUUCGGUGCCGCCGUGAUCUACGGUUCAGACAAGGCUUGGGAUGACCACUGGAUCUUCUGGGUCGGACCAUUCAUCGGAGCUGCCAUUGCUGCAAUCUACCACCAGUACAUCCUCCGAGCUGCUGCCCUUAAGGCAUUGGGUUCCUUCAGGAGCAAUGCUUAAACAACCACAAAACACAUGGUGGGCUUCUUAAUUCAAUCAUUCCAGAGUCUUCUUUGAAAAGGGAUCAAAAAAUUUGCAGAGGACCACAUCUGGAUGAUGAUGAAGCGUGUUUUUUUCAAUUGUAUAUAAUUUUCGUUGGAAAAAAGGGUGUCUUCUGCCUUGCCUUUUUUCUUACAUUCCCCCACUUGUUUGUGUUAUCUUUUCGAGUGUCUUCUUCCACUUUCCCUUCGGAUGUAUUUAAGUGAAAAAAAAAAAGCUCUCUCUGUGUUGUGUUGUUGUUUUCAACUUUUAUCCUUCGUUCCGUUUGUUUUGUAAUUUCCUUUUCCCUUUCAUUUCCGUGUAAUUUAUUAUCUUCCAAUUGAAUCGAAAUGUUUUUCCUUUCAUCAUUUUGUUAUUGUUGUAAUGUAGUUUGCUUCUUCUUCGUUUAAUCAUGUCCAUUUGGAAAAACGAUUGUCUUUUAUUGCCCUAACUUUAAUUCAAUCUCUGCUUAUAAUAUACUCCCUCUGUCCCAAAAUUAUUGUCCAGUUUGAGAUUUCACUUUUAGAAUAAUUUAAACUAUAAAUAAAAAUUCAAACUGGAUAAUUAUUAUGAGACAGAUGGAGUAAUAUUUCUACUAUAACUCAAAUUAGUAUCUGCAACUCACAAAUGUAGGUAUAAUGAUAGAUGUUGUGGCUUUCAAAAGUGUUGCAUUUUUUAACAUUGUUUCCUAUCAUUACUUGAAGUGAAUUGUAGUAAGAAGUGAAAGUGAAAUUUGUUGCAUAUGUAUAAUUCACUAGAUCGGAUUCAUCUUGAGCUAGGUAACAUAACAUUACCUUAUUUCUAAUACCAUGAAUUGGAUUGGCAUCUUAAUUUGAAGCUCUGGCAAAGAUUCCAUUGAAGAAGAACAACUGUAAAUUUCAGUCCUUAUAUCGGACAAGAACAAACAAUAUAUACAAAGAAAAAGCUAGUGGAUAAUGGAGUAUUUUAUUUUUGCAACCCG